AUGCCCAAAGCUUCUCUACAUACUCCCAUUUCUAUUGAAAGCCAGAUGAGCCAAGGCCUUGAUUUUGCUGAGGGAAAGGCUCAGCACACAUGGAAAUCCUGCCAGGACCAAGGGAUAACAGGAGAUGCAUCCAAGGCAGAAAGACAAGUGAUCCAACCCGCUCGAGAGACUAGCCAAUUCCUCAGGACUCACCCCUCACAAACAGACUCAGGCUGGGAAAGAACCCUGCCUGUCCUAACAGCUCCAGUACUUGAACUUGCACCACUGGAACUUGCAGCAUUGGAAGCUGUGGGACCCAUGCUUGUGGGAGUUGAGGCCACACCACUGCUGGUGCAUGGUGGUUCUGGCCAGGGAGCUGCAAAUUUCUUGAGCCCAAUUGCUGGGCCUUGUCAACAUCUGUCCAACCUCAAAAACCUCAGGAUCCAUGACUAUGUCAUGAGGGUGCAUAAUCCCAAUGGUCUUCAACACUUGCAUGUCUGGGAGUACAUGAUCAGGUUUCCAGACCAUCCAGACAGGCAUGCAUAUUUCAAAAAGGCACUGGAAAAUGGUGGGCAGGGUCAAGAUGAUGAUGAUGAUGCACAUGCUUGCAAUGCUCAGACUGUUUCUUGUGCCCAGUCCCCACUUCCCCCAUCUUCACCACCCACAUAUGAGUCUGAUGACUCUGCCCAUCCUGUAGGGGAUGUUGUCCAUCCUUGCCAAGAAGGUGGCCUGAUCUAUACUAGACUUCAGAAGAAGGGCAAAGGUAGGGCUAUAGAUGCCAAGGACAUUGAUGCUGCAAACCACAGUGACUGUGACACCCAACUCACAAACCUCAAGAAGAUGUCAAGACAAUGGCAGAAGAACUUGGCCAAUGGCACAGGUGGUCUACAUGCAACAUACUUGUUGCUGUGGGAUUUAGUGUUAAGGCUUCUCAUACCAAAAUUAAUGAAGCCAACCUCUUCCACUCAUGGUAUUGGGCCACACAGCCCAAACCAGAUGGUGGAGUACAACACCCUCAUGAUAGGCAUCCCCAAGGAUGACUUUGCAACAAGGAGGGAAAAGUUUAAAGCUGUCUAUGAGUGGAGUGAGAGCUCCUCUGCCAUACCAACUAAUCAAUCUGUCAAAUCUAUUGCAGCUAGAGUGGACAAUGCAAAGACACAAUUUUCUGGAUUGGUGGAGGUGUGGUCCAAUCUCGAGGAUAUUGAGAUAGUUGGAGUGGUAAUGUAUGUUGGACAGGACCCUGCAGGAUAUCAAACUUCUGGCAUAUUUGGAGGCUCUGAGACAAUAAGAAACUUCAUCAAUGAAAAUGGCAUUGAUGUCCAGUCACUCAUGGAUAAGUAUACCACAAUUUUCAAGUGUCUCAGGAACAGUGAUGGUGCAGAUGCCAGGGUGGCUGGCACUGGUUCCAUUGGAGAUGUGGGUUCUGUGCUGGAACUACAUUGCUGUACAAAGGAGACUCUGAGAGACUGCAACCACAGAGUAUUUGGAAGCAUGAUGAAGGAGAAGAUGUUGGCUGCAUUGAGAGAUCUGCAUGUCACAUGUGGCAUUGAAGUCAGUGAUCCCCAGAAAGUUUCCUGGCACCAGCUUCUCAAGUUUUUGCAGAAGAGCCACCUCACUAUUGUCAACUGGACCCAUAGUGUAUCUCCACUGGGCCCUGCUUUCAAGUACAAGAAACUUAAGGCUGGCCCUUUUUGUCAACUUGUAGUACCUUACCUUUGGAGAAAACUGGGUCUUUUGUAUGACAGGCAAACCAAUGAUGAGGAAGAACAAGAUAGACUGGAUGAUGUGCUGGAAAUUGAGAUUAAGUGCUGGAAUGAAGAGGUCAUCAAUAUUUUGGAUGCUGACCCUUUGAAGGGUGAGAUCACACUCAUCAACGCUACUGAUGGUACUGUUUUUCAGCAGAUCUCAGAUGAUCCAGAGUGGAAGAAGUCCCUCAAGGAAAUGGAUCACCAGCAGCAAGGCAUAGAGUAUCUGCUGACAUUUGCAAGGCUUUACAGUCUGACCAUCAAACUGCACCAUGCAAUCAAUGCUGGGAUGAUCUAUGUUGGGAUAAUCUUCCAAGCCAUCCUCACAUGCGAGAGGCUGGCCCAGCCCAGCAGUCUUUUCCCAGAUGACAAGCAUUACCUUCUGGCCACCACAAUCAAUUUCCUCUGUCUUGCCAAGGAUUCCAUCAUGUUCCAUCUCAAACCAACCAUCCUUACUACAACAUCAGGUGAACCUCAUUGGGUUAACAGGGGUAAUGCUGCACAAUAUGAGGAUGACUUUGCUGAGGAGUAUAUAAAUGAAGAUUACUACUAG